AUGUCUAAUGCAUUAUACUCAUUCUCUGAAGAGACUCUCCAAAAACUUCGCAAAUUUAGAUUUGGAAGUGCAAGAAGUGAUGAUGUUCAAGCAUUGAUAUAUCAAAUAGAUAAAACCACAUAUGAAAUCAAAUUAGAUGAAAGUGCUGAAAGUCCAAUUACCUCCAUCGAAGAACUAGUGGAGGAAUUACCAGAUAACAGCCCUAGAUAUGUUGUUCUUUCAUACCCAAUCACAUUAAAAGAUGGUCGUAAAUCAUCACCUUUGGUGUUGGUUUACUGGUUACCACCAACUUCUACACAAUCACUACGGAUGUUAUAUGCUGCAGCAUUAGAACUAAUUAGAGAAAAAGCUGGCGUUUCAAAACUCAUCGAAAUUGAUGAUGAAGAAGAUUUCGAAGAUAUUGAAGAGAAAGUGCUAUAG